CUUUACAUAGGAAGAACACGACUUGCUCCUCUUGCAGUUGAAUGGAAAUAAAAGAGAUUCUGUGACCUUGGAAGAUGAAGAUGUUGUUGCCAUGGGAACUCUUAAUCCUGCUGUCACUCAAGAGCUGCCUAGCAGAGAGAAUUAUUCGACAUGGCCCAGUGUUCACCCAAGAGCCCAGUGACAGUGUUUUCCCGUUAAGCGCAGAGGACAACAAGAUAUUCAUUAACUGCAAAGCCAAGGGAAGUCCAGCACCACAUUAUAAGUGGAAAUUCAACAGGAAAGAUCUUGAUAUUGGCAUGGACUUCAACUACAGCCUUGUUGAGGGAAACCUUUUGAUCAAUGACCCUCAGGCAACUAAGCAUGGCGGUGUUUACCAGUGUAUCGCCACUAAUGCAUUUGGAACCAUCCUGAGCCGAGAGGCUAAAGUGGAAUUUGCAUACCUGCAGAAUUUCAGCAGCAAGGGCAGAAGUCCAGUAUUAGUGAGAGAAGGACAGGCUGUUGUGCUCCUGUGCGGUCCGCCGCCCCACUUCGGAGAAAUCAGAUACUCCUGGAUAUUUAAUGGCCGCCCCAGCAUUGUUGUUGGGGACAACCGACGAUUUGUGUCCCAGAGGACUGGAAACUUGUAUAUUGCAAAAGUUGAGACGUCAGACGUGGGCAACUACACGUGUGUGGUAAGGAAUGUGAUGACCAAUACGACCGUCUACAGUUCCCCAACUCCAGUGGUGCUACGUCGGGACGCUGUGAUGGGGGAGUAUGAGCCAAAGAUUGAAGUCCAGUUUGAAAAAAUGCUCCAUGUUGCCAAAGGAUCAUCAGUUCGAUUGGAGUGUUUCGCUUUAGGAAAUCCAGUGCCUUCUAUUUCCUGGAAGAGAGCGGACGGAAGCCCCUUCCCAGGAAAAAUGAAGAUAAAUCACUCGAAUGGUGUCCUAGAGAUCCCAUAUUUCCGUCCAGAGGAUUCUGGACUUUAUGAAUGCGUGGCCGAAAACUCCAAAGGACGUAGUAUUGCAAAAGGACGUCUUGUAUUUCAAAAUGUGGAACACCUGCAGUGGUCGCAGACUCUGUAUGACGCAAACAUGGCUAUUGAGUCUGAUCUUCACUGGGAGUGCAAGGCUAAUGGAAAACCUCAACCUGUUUACCGAUGGCUCAAGAAUGGACAGCCUUUGGUCUCUCAGGACAGAAUUCGUGUUGAUGGUGGCGGGUUAACCAUCUCCAACAUAAACCUGAUGGAUUCUGGGAUGUAUCAGUGUUUGGCAGAGAAUGAUAACGGAGUCAUAUAUGCAAGUGCUGAGCUCAAAGUUGUGGCCUCUCCUCCAGACUUCUCAAUAAAAACAGUGAAGAAGACCACACUGAUCCAGAGAGGCGGGGAAGCUAUCAUCGAAUGCCGGCCGCACGCAUCCCCCAGAGCUUCGUACUCUUGGAGGAGAGGCAACGAGUUCCUGAAAGACAGCAAGAGGCGGACCAUCUCAGAGGACGGUACUCUCAGGAUCGCCAAUGUAACCAAAUCCGACGCAGGGAGGUACACUUGUGUCGCCAGAAACCCCUUCGGUACAUCCAGCAGUUCUGGGACUUUAGUGGUCAAAGAACCAACCAAGAUUACAGUCCCUCCUUUGAGUAUGGAUGCCACAGUGGGGGAGAGCAUUGUCUUGCCGUGUGAAGUAUCUAAAGACUCCACUCUACACCCCAUCUUCAAGUGGUUCUUCAACGGCAAGCUCAUUGAUUUCACUCGACACGAUCACUUUGGGAUGAUUGGAGGGGGCUCUUCUGGGGAUCUUAUGAUCAGGAAUGUGCAGCUGAAGCACUCUGGGAAGUACGUCUGUAUGGUGCAUACAGCAGUGGACAGUGUGUCUGCGGCUGCAGACUUAAUUGUCAGAGGGCCCCCUGGUGCUCCGGUGGAUGUGUUGGUGGGGGACGUCACAGACAGGACUGCUCAGCUCUCGUGGGGCCCCGGACCUGACAACCACAGUCCUGUUACCCUCUACAUCGUGCAAGCCAGGACCCCUUUCUCUAUCGGCUGGCAGGCAGUCAAAACUGUUCCUGAUUCUGUGCCUGGACAGAUGAUUCAUGCGACGGCGGUGAAUCUAAAUCCGUGGGUAGAUUAUGAAUUUAGAGCUGUGGCUAUCAACAACGUGGGGGUGGGGGAAGCCAGCAUGCCAUCCGAACCCGUUCGCACCAAAGCUGCAGAUCCUGAAGUCGCCCCAGCUAACGUGAGUGGAGGUGGAGGAAGCCGAGGCGAACUGGUGAUUGUUUGGGAGCCUGUGCCAGAGGAGCUACAAAAUGGAGAAAAGUUUGGCUACGUGGUGGCAUUUCGUCCACUUGGCACCACAACAUGGAAACAAAGCGUGUUGGCCUCAGCAGAUGCAUCACGAUACAUUUAUAAAAAUGAUACCUUUCCACCACUCACUCAGUUUGAAGUAAAAGUCGGCGUCUACAACGAGAUCGGAGAGGGACCGUUUAGCCCCGUGGUCAUUGUAUAUUCAGCAGAUGAAGAACCCUCAGUAGCUCCUCCCAGAGUCUGGGCCCGCACUCUGUCCGCGUCUGAGAUUGAGGUAUUCUGGAAACCUGUUCACCAAAGUGGCAGCAAAGGACAGAUAACAGGCUACGAGGUGCAGUGGUUGGAGGAUGGGUCACCUGAAAGCGAUGCAGAGAGAGUAAGGGUCACGGAAAAUCUGAUAUCAGUCAGAGCACACAACAGCGCAGGCACCGGUCCCUCCAGCGUACCCAUCAGCAUCACCACCAAGAAGCCACCUCCAAGUCAACCCCCAGGGAAUAUUGAGUGGAACCUGACAAACUCAAAGGUCUUUCUGAACUGGGAACAUGUGAAGGCGAUGGACAAUGAAUCAGAAGUAACCGGCUACAAGGUUGUGUAUCGUCAAAACUGGCACAGAGGAAGCAGCGAAGUCGAGACCAACAGGACGUCCGUGGAGCUUCAGUUGCCAUCAGAAGAGGACCUGCUCGUUCAGAUCAAAGCCCUGAGUGACGGAGGAGACGGCAGCAGCAGCAGCCCUAUCCGUAUUCCAAAGAUGUCAAGCCUGAACUCAAGAGGAUACUUCAGUUCAGAUGCAAGCAAGAUGGCCCAUGUUCAUGGAGUAGUGUUUCUGAUCUUGUCAUGGUUGUUUUCAUAGAACUUUGUCUUUAUUUAAAGGUGAAGUGUGUCAUUUCCGUGCCACUGACGUCACCAAUAUGGUUUCCCAAACAGAAAUCAAGCUAAAAAUGGCUUACUUAGAAUUGUUGCAUAUAUACACUCUUCAGCUUUAAUACUUUAAAAAAAUCGGAUUGGGUGGA